AUGUGGGAAAAUCGUCGUCACUUGUCAGUGCACGCCCACCUCGAACAACCCUCGUUUCCCACUCACAAAAUAAAAGUGUUAAAACACAAUGAACCCAGACACACAAUCACAAUUGUUGCGGAUCUGGAUGAGAUCCUCUCAUCGCCAGAAAGCGGAUUGUGCAUGCUAAUCGUCAGAUGCGUAAAACUCAAUGAACAUUCAAGUGCCCAGGGUUCUGACAAAGGCCCAAAAGGAGCUAAAGAGCUAAGGAAGCUACUAAAAAACAAACAUACACUGAGAUACUGGGAUACCCAGAUCGCGAACUCAUAA